GGCCUAUCAGCCAAUCAGUCUGGGAGCUCCUUAUCCAAAUAAAUACCCACUUUUUUGAUCUGAAGUGAGUGAUACGCCAGCCAUUUGCAGCUUUGGUUGAUAAAAUAUUAUUUGGUGUGUAGCAGUGAGGAUCAAAUGGCCAUGGCCACAGCUGUCGUAUGUCCUCAGAACAUCACCGGCGGAGCCGUCGUCAGCUCACCUGCCAAGACCAAGAAGAGAAUGAACAGAGUGGUACAGAUAAGAGGCCUUAAUUCAUUUGGGGGACUCAAGGCUAGCAAUGAUGUUGUGGCCUUGGGACUACCCUUGAGCACUGAGAAGGGUUUCGCCAAGAUUGUGAGCUCGGUGAAAGCAACAGCAUCCAAUGGAAAAGGAAAGGGAGGAGGAGCGCUUUCAUCCACUUGCAAUGCCGCCGGUGAGAUAUUCACAAUUGCUGCUAUCAUCAAUGGCCUUGUUCUUGUGGGGGUUGCUGUUGGCUUCGUGCUCCUGCGAGUUGAAGCGUGGGUGGAGGAGUCUGAGGCAGAGUGAAACCAAGUAAUUAAUUAAUAUCCACACUAUAUGUUCCUUCUAUAUUUCAUGCUUCGCCUGUUCUUCUUUUCAUUAUGACUUGUAUAUCUAUUUCUGAAAUUUCAUCGUUUUCUUGUUUACUUCGUAAUUGGAUUAUCUCUCGUCAAUAAUUUAUUGCCUUCAA